GUGCUACCAACAUUUUACAAAUCAAACAAACGCUCAAGGAAUUCUCAGCUGACCCGGCCGCCAAUCGGGACAACCCAUAUAUAUAUACACUCAAUUUUUCUCUGUUUAUCAUCAGUAUUCACUAAAUCAAAGAAACAGACAAUAUAUAUAUAGAGAGAGAGAGAGAAAAUACUAUAGAAUAAUAUCUCUCUUCGCAUCGCAAUCUCUCCAGCAAUUUCACCAGAGGAAAACGAGCCAGCCCACCGGGAUUUUUGUUUUAGAGAGAGAAAGGAAAUAAAAUGUUGGGGAUUAUAAGGCAAAGGGCUGCCUCCAAAGUCAGUCAUGCUUCGAGUUUGGAGCAAGGAAUUCGAACGUUGAGGGCGUUUUCUUCCUCUGCCAAGCAGAUGACUGUGCGCGAUGCUUUAAAUUCGGCUCUCGAUGAAGAAAUGUCUGCUGAUCCUAAAGUUUUUGUAAUGGGUGAAGAGGUCGGUGAGUAUCAAGGUGCAUAUAAGAUUACCAAAGGUCUUCUGGAUAAAUAUGGUCCUGAGAGGGUUAUCGAUACACCUAUUACCGAGGCUGGAUUUGCUGGAAUUGGAGUUGGUGCAGCGUAUUACGGUCUAAGGCCUGUAAUAGAGUUUAUGACUUUUAACUUCUCGAUGCAGGCCAUCGAUCACAUAAUUAACUCUGCUGCGAAAUCGAAUUACAUGUCUGCUGGUCAGAUAUCGGUGCCGAUUGUUUUCCGAGGUCCAAAUGGUGCUGCUGCUGGUGUCGGUGCUCAACACUCUCAGUGCUAUGCAGCAUGGUAUGCAUCGUGUCCAGGACUAAAGGUACUGGCUCCAUAUUCUUCGGAAGAUGCUCGUGGCCUGCUUAAAGCUGCUAUUAGGGACCCCGAUCCUGUUGUUUUCCUCGAAAACGAAUUGCUAUACGGUGAAUCAUUUCCUGUCUCUGCUGAAGUUCUCGAUUCCAGCUUCUGUCUUCCUAUUGGGAAAGCUAAGAUUGAACGUGAAGGAAAAGAUGUCACAAUCACUGCUUUCUCGAAGAUGGUUGGCUAUGCUCUUCAGGCUGCCGAGAUUCUAGCAAAAGAAGGAAUUAGUGCUGAGGUCAUAAAUCUUCGCUCGAUUCGCCCUCUCGACAGAUCUACAAUAAACACAUCUGUUAGAAAAACGAACAGGCUCGUUACUCUAGAAGAAGGAUUCCCUCAACAUGGUGUUGGUGCCGAGAUUUGCGCUACUGUGGUCGAAGAUAGCUUUGAAUAUCUUGAUGCACCCGUCGAGAGGAUUUCCGGUGCCGAUGUUCCUAUGCCUUAUGCUGCAAAUCUCGAGAGAAUGGCUGUUCCUCAGGUGGAAGACAUUGUUCGUGCAGCGAAAAGGGCAUGUUACAGGUCAAGUUAGAGACGACGGCAAAUCGAUCGUUUUGAUUAUGAUAUUUUUACGAUAAAAAAAAAGUUAUUAUUCUUUUUACACCUUGUAUGGUGUUUCGUUCAUGUUACGAGGAUAUAGACAAGUCUACUGCUGCUAGCAAUUCUAGCAAAAAAAACUUUUGCAGGAAAUAAGGUUCUCAUGCAUACUUUCUAUUCGUUCUCGAUUUUUGGUCUGUAAAACGAAUGGAUCAAAGAGAUUAUUCGAAGGGAGGAAGUAUAUUUUACGUGCUUUAUUAAGGAUGAAUUAUUUCUU